CUCCCCAAGAAGUUUCCUCCUGCCUCUGUCUCUCUGCUCUCCCCUGGAGAAAUGGCUCGGCCAGCCGCAGCAGUAGCGACAGUGGUUGCUCUGCUCCUCCUGCAGGUGCCUGCCUCGCCGUCAGUGGCCGAGGCGGCAAUCGGUGGCCGGUCGCCGGCAGCCAUUCCACAGCUUGGGUACGAGCUGUGGAGAAAGGCAGCCUGGUCCGGUCCGAAGGCCAUGAUCAAGCAGCCGUUCGGUGCACCCGACAAAGACCGGCUGGGCAGCGCGGCGGCCGACAACGCCGGCCUCGUCGUCUACAACCUCUCCGUCGGCUACACGAGGGAGGUCUCCUCCGGCAUCGUCGACAUUGUCACCGACUUCAUCUGGGUGCCAUGCCCGCUAUCCGGAUUCACCGAAGUUUACUGCGCCACCCAGACGUGCCGGAUGGCACUCGACAAGGAGGACGCCUGCGGCAACACCAACGGCUACACCUGCCGGUACGCGUACCAGUACGGACCAGUGAUCGGCACCACCGGCUACAUCUCCGCCGAGGAGGUCACUGCCGUCGGGACGCCCAUCACCGGCCGGGUGUUGUUCGGCUGCAGCAUCACCAGCAUGGUGCCAUUCGACGGCGAGUUUGGCGUGCUUGGGUUCAGCAGGGGGCCCUACUCCCUCCUGUCGCAGCUCAAGAUCUCCAGGUUCUCCUACUUCAUGCUGCCCGACGACGUCGACAGGCCCGGCUCCCAGAGCGUCGUCCUCCUCGGCGACGACGCGGUGCCCCAGACCAACAGCAGCCUCUCCACGCCGCUGCUCCGGAGCAAAGCGUACCCCGACCUGUACUACGUCAAACUCACCGGCAUCAUGGUCGACGACAAGACCCUGAGCGGCAUCCCGGCGGGGACGUUCGACCUCGCCGCCAACGGCUGCUCCGGUGGGGUGGCCAUGAGCACGCUCUCCCCCAUCACCAACUUCCACCCGGCCGCCUACAACGCCUUGACGCGGGCGCUGGCGAGCAAGAUCAAGUCACAGCCAGUCCGUGCGAAAGCCCGCGACGUGGCCGAGCUGUGGCUGUGCUACAACAUCCAGUCCGUCGCCAACCUGACGUUCCCCAAGAUCACGCUGGUGUUCGACGGCGUUGACGGCAGGCCGGCGCCCAUGGAGCUCACUACGGCGCACUACUUCUUCAGGGAAAACUCCAGCGGGUUGCAGUGCCUCACCAUGCUGCCCACGCCGGCGGGCUCGCCGGUCGGCUCCGUCCUGGGAAGCCUGCUGCAGACGGGCACCCACAUGAUCUACGACCUCCGCGGCGGCUCGCUGACUUUCGAGAAGGGCGGGUCGCCGGCGGCUUCCCAGAAGGGCGGCGCGGCGGCUCCGCCGACGAACCCGCAGGUAUCGCUCAUGGUGAUCCUUGCUUUGGCGCUGCUCCUCGUCUAGCGGAACCAUGCAUUAUUCGCGAGUGCAGCUAGAUAGGCCUCUUUCGAUCGGUUAGUCAAGGCAGAUUGCCUGCGCUGCGUGUGAGCUCUAUAUGCUAGCUCAUGUAAUCAUCAUCAAGUACUAGUACCUAGCGCCUUUUAAUUUGCUCUUUAGUUGUGUUAUUGCUUCUGAACCUGACAUUUGGGAUUCUGUAAGAUGAACUGCGUGGUUUCGUUCGAGCUAA